CUAAUGAGAACGCUUCCCAGGUCUCUGACUGAAUGAAGAAGGGCCAGAGCCUGUCUUGUUGGGAGAGCAUGGAGCUGUCAGGCAAUUGUUAGUGACCACUUGGGCUAUUAGACUCCUCAGCUCCAUAGCCCAGUGGCUAGGCUGUUGUGACCUUUUAAAGCAGAGUUCCUCCAUGCUGUGUAUCUUGUAAUAGCUCUUCAGCUGAACAGGGCUCUGUGUAGAGGGAUAAUCCUUUGGUCAGACAAACAUGAAAUUAAGUGUACGUGGGAUUCGCCUCCAAAAGCCUGGUUUGUGGGGCAGGAUAGAAACCACAAAUGGACACAUGCAGUGAUGGUGUGAGACAACACUUGGAAAAGCACUAGUCUGAUGGGUUUGUACCUUACUCCAUGUCCUUCAUACAAUGCCCAGUACAAGUCUGGUUCUCCACAAAUGUGAAGCAAACAAAUGAGAUAACUGAGACACUUUAUAGUCCUGGGUGAACCUCCAUUUCUCAUCCUCUCAAAGAGUCUCCAUCCUGUGUAUGUCUAGCUCAAGACCUUGUGUGCCGAUCCUAUCCCUGUCCUCUACCCCAGUGUUGAGUGUCAGACCCCAGGGCAUCUCACAGACAAGGCAGCCAAACACUCUUACAUUCAGCACCCUCCCACACAUACAGAGACUGGUCUUGAACUUACCCUGUGGGCCAGUCAUGAUUCUCCUGCCUCACCUUCCCAAAUAGCGAGGAUUAUAGUCCUGUGCCACCAGUUCUGGUUCUGAUUGUUUGUUUUGUUUUGUUUUGUUUUUUUCUUUUUUUUUUUCAUUUUUUAAUGGGCUUUAAAUCAGUCAUCAUGCUAAUACCACUUUUUAAAUAUUUAAUAGGGUAAAAGAACAGGAAACACAAGAAGAGGAACGUUUGAUGGAAGAAAAGAAAAAGAAAAAGCAGGAAGACAAGAAAAAGAAGGAAGGUGCUCAGAAAAAGGCUGCUGAUCAAAAAACCAAAGUGCCAGAACUCACUAAGACCUGUUCAAGCCAGCCCCAACCUGCCGGUACCGGUACCGCUUCCACCAGCACUAUCUCUAGCAGCAGCAAUGGCAAACGUGCAUCUGCCUGUGGCCAGCAGCCAGCUGCAUCCCGUUACCUGCCUCGGGAGGUGCCUCCACGAUUUCGCCAGCAAGAACAGAAGCAGCUGCUAAAGAGAGGCCAGCCAUUGCCCACAGGGACUCUGACCAGUGUGAGCCCAGCAGGAGCAAGCCCUCCUCCCCUCCCUGGAGCUGGGACACAGCAACAUCCCAGCAAACUCCAACCAGAUCCUGGUCACAGUGGAUUGGCAGAUCAUUAUGAAAAUUCCCACUGGGGACAGCAGCCCUCUUACAGAAGUGAAGCCAACUGCGGCUGGGAUAAAGUGACGCUAGACAGGACUGACCAGGAGGUGUGGCCGUCCAUCCCCGUCACAGAGACUGAAUCUGCCUCAGAAUGUCCUGCGGACACUGACUCUGCCUCCACCUGUGGCUCAGAGAACAGUAGUAUGGCUACAGGGAGCACCCAGGGCAGCUUCACAGGACAUCCCAAGAAGACAAAUGGCAAUAAUGGCACCAAUGGUGCACUCGUCCAAAGCCCUUCUAAUCAGAGUGCCCUUGGGGCAGGUGGAACCAACGGGAAUGGAGGUGUGGCCAGAGUGUGGGGUGUAGCCACAGGCUCCAGCUCUGGCCUGACUCACUGCUCUGUUGGUGGUGGAGAUGGAAAAAUGGACAACAUGAUUGGAGAUGGGAGAAGUCAAAAUUGUUGGGGUGCUUCCAACUCCAAUGCGGGCAUUAAUCUCAACCUUAACCCUAAUGCCAACCCAGCUGCCUGGCCUGUACUCGGGCAUGAAGGAACUGUGGCAACAGGCAACCCUUCCAGUAUUUGCAGUCCAGUCAGUGCCAUAGGUCAGAAUAUGGGCAGCCAGAAUGGGAACCCAGUGGGCACAGUAGGUGCCUGGGGAAACUUGCUGCCCCAAGAGAGCACAGAACCACAGACGUCCACUUGUCAGAAUGUGUCUUUCAGCGUACAACCUCAGAACCUUAACACUGAUGGAUCAAAUAACACUAACCCCAUGAACUCUUCACCAAACCCUAUCAAUGCAAUGCAGACGAACGGACUGCCAAACUGGGGCAUGGCUGUUGGCAUGGGGGCCAUCAUCCCGCCCCACCUGCAAGGCCUUCCUGGUGCUAACGGAUCAUCAGUCUCUCAAGGCAGUGGAAGUGGUGGGGAAGGAAUGGGCAGUUCUGUGUGGGGACUGUCCCCUGGUAAUCCUGCCACAGGAAAUAACAAUUCUGGGUUCAGUCAGGGGAAUGGAGACACUGUGAACUCAGCACUAAGUGCUAAACAGAAUGGAUCCAGCAGUGCUGUGCAAAAGGAAGGGAACGGAGGGAAUGCCUGGGACUCGGGGCCACCUGCGGGUCCUGGCAUCCUUGCCUGGGGAAGGGGCAGUGGCAACAAUGGCAUUGGUAAUAUCCAUUCAGGAGCUUGGGGCCACCCCAGCCGCAGCUCUUCUAAUGGUAUGAAUGGGGAGUGGGGGAAGCUCCCAAACCAGCAUUCCAGUAGUGACAUCAGUGGGAAAGGAUCAACAGGGUGGGACAGUCCCAGUGCUGCCAGCCAGCCACCUGCCUUGCAGCCUGGCAGUGAACACGUGAGCUCGUGGGCCAAAGCCACAUCUUCUGGAACUACGCCAAGCGAAGGGAGCAGUGAUGGCUCUGGCCAUCACAGUGAAGGGGGCGCUGGGCGGGAAGCAAUGGGUGAGGGCAGGAGGCGAGACCAAGGGCACAUCCAGUUGCCCAGGGGCGAUCUUGACCCACGAGUUCUGUCUAAUACUGGUUGGGGACAGACUCCUGUAAAGCAAAACACUGCCUGGGAAUUUGAAGAGUCCCCUAGGUCUGAAAGGAAAAAUGACAAUGGGACAGAGGCCUGGGGUAGUGCAGCUACUCAGCCUUCAAACUCAGGGGGGAAGAGUGAUGGGUCCCUCAUGAACAGUACAAAUACCUCUUCAGUAUCGGGGUGGGUCAGCUCACCACCUGCCGCCGUGCCAGCAAACACAAGCUGGGGAGACAGCAACAACAAAGCGCCAAGUGGCCCAGGAGUUUGGGGGGACUCGAUAAGCUCUACUGCUGUUAACAAUGCUGCUGCCACCAAGAGUGGCCAUGCUUGGAGUGGGACCGUAAACCAGGAGGACAAGUCACCCACCUGGGGUGAGCCUCAGAAACCCAAAUCUCAAAACUGGGGAGAUGGACAAAGAGCAAACCCAGCCUGGAGCGCAGGAGCAGGAGACUGGGCAGAUUCAUCCUCGGUCCUUGGACAUCUAGGGGAUGGGAAGAAAAAUGGACCUGGAUGGGACGCUGACGGUAAUAGGUCAGGGUCUGGCUGGAACGAUGCCUCGAGAUGUGGAACCAGUGGCUGGGCCAGUGGCGCAAGUGCUAAGGUGAACCCAGGUACAAACUGGGGGGAGUCUCUCAAGCCUGGUCCCCAGCAGAGCUGGGCUCACAAGCCCCAAGACAGCAAUGUGAGUAACUGGGGAGGAGCUGCUUCUGUUAAGCAGACAGGGACAGGGUGGAUUGGGGGGCCACUGCCAGUCAAGCAGAAGGACAGCUGUGAGGCAACUGGCUGGGAGGAGCCUUCUCCACCGUCCAUCCGACGCAAAAUGGAAAUCGAUGAUGGUACCUCAGCUUGGGGGGACCCAAGCACCUACAACAAUAAAACUGUAAACAUGUGGGACAGAAAUAAUCCAGUCAUCCAGAGCAGUACCACAACCCCUGCCACCCCCACGACCCCCACCUCGAGCAGCACCACACACCAGGCCGAGACGCCGCCUUCACACCAGGCUGGCACUCAGCUGAAUCGGUCGCCACUGCUCGGGCCAGUUUCAUCGGGCUGGGGAGAAAUGCCCAGUGUUCACUCCAAGGCUGAGAACUCAUGGGGAGAGCCAUCCUCUCCAUCGCCCCUGGUUGACAAUGGCACGGCAGCAUGGGGGAAGCCUCCCAGCAGUGGCAGUGGAUGGGAUCACCCUGCUGAGCCAGUGGUGCCAUUUGGAAGAGCCAGUGCUCCUGCCGCUGCCCCAGCCCUGUGCAAACCAGCUUCCAAAUCUAUGCAAGAAGGCUGGGGCAGUGGUGGGGACGAAAUGAACCUGGGCGCCAGCCAGUGGGAAGACGAGGAUGGGGACAUGUGGAAUAAUGGUGUCUCUCAAGAAGGCAGCUCAUCCUGUAGCUCCUGGGGCAAUGCCUCUAAAAAGGGACUUCAGAAGGGCAUGAAGACACCUGGCAAGCAGGAUGAGGCCUGGAUCAUGAGCCGGCUGAUCAAACAACUCACAGACAUGGGCUUCCCGAGAGAGCCAGCUGAAGAGGCCUUGAAGAGCAACAGUAUGAACCUUGACCAGGCCAUGAGCGCUCUGCUGGAAAAGAAGGUGGACAUGGACAAGCGUGGACUGGGAAUGACCGACUACAAUGGAAUGGUCACCAAAACCCUCGGCUGCCGCCCACCAAUCUCCAAAGAGUCUUCCAUGGACCGCCCCACCUUCCUUGACAAGGAUGGCGGCCUCGUGGAAGAGCCCACGACUUCACCGUUUUUGCCUUCCCCAAGCCUGAAGCUCCCCCUUUCCAACAGUGCACUCCCCAAUCAGGCCCUGGGUGGGAUUGCCUCAGGGCUGGGCAUGCAAAACUUGAACUCUUCUAGACAGAUCCCGAGUGGCAAUCUGGGUGUGUUUGGCAAUAGCGGAGCAGCACAAGCCAGGACCAUGCAGCAGCCGCCAGUGCAGCCUCUUAACUCCUCCCAGCCCAGCCUCCGUGCUCAAGUGCCUCAGUUUCUAUCCCCUCAGGUUCAAGCACAGCUUUUGCAGUUUGCAGCAAAAAACAUUGGUCUCAGCCCUGCACUAUUAACCUCGCCAAUUAACCCUCAGCAUAUGACGAUGUUGAACCAGCUCUAUCAGCUGCAGCUGGCAUAUCAACGUUUACAAAUCCAGCAGCAGAUGCUACAGGCCCAGCGGAAUGUUUCGGGACCCAUGAGACAACAGGAGCAGCAAGUUGCACGCACAAUCACUAAUCUGCAGCAGCAGAUCCAGCAGCACCAGCGCCAGCUGGCCCAGGCCCUGCUUGUAAAGCAGCCUCCACCACCGCCACCCCCGCCGCACCUGUCUCUGCACCCUUCUGCAGGCAAAUCGGCCAUGGAUAGCUUCCCCCCACACCCCCAGACUCCCGGCCUUCCCGACCUGCAGACCAAAGAGCAGCAGUCUUCACCCAACACCUUUGCUCCUUAUCCUCUUGCUGGAUUGAACCCAAACAUGAAUGUCAACAGCAUUGACGUGAGCAGUGGUUUGUCUGUGAAGGACUCAUCUCAGUCCCAGUCACGCCUCCCUCAGUGGACACAUCCCAACUCCAUGGGUAACUUGUCCAGUGCUGCUUCUCCUCUGGACCAGAAUCCCAGCAAGCACGGUGCUAUCCCUGGAGGUCUAAGCAUCGGGCCUCCAGGUAAGUCCUCCAUUGAUGACUCCUAUGGCCGGUACGAUCUAAUCCAGAACAGUGAGUCACCAGCCAGUCCUCCCGUAGCUGUUCCCCAUAGCUGGUCUCGUGCCAAAUCUGACAGCGAUAAGAUCUCAAACGGCUCCAGCAUCAGCUGGCCCCCAGAAUUCCACCCUGGAGUUCCAUGGAAAGGACUUCAGAAUAUCGAUCCCGAGAAUGACCCUGAUGUCACUCCUGGCAGUGUCCCUACUGGACCUACCAUCAAUACCACCAUCCAGGACGUCAACCGCUACCUCCUCAAGAGUGGAGGUAAACUGUCAGACAUUAAGUCAACAUGGUCCUCGGGUCCAGCCUCUCACACACAAGCCUCUCUGUCUCAUGAAUUGUGGAAGGUACCCAGAAACACUACUGCACCUACCAGGCCACCCCCAGGCUUAGCCAAUCCCAAGCCUUCCUCCACCUGGGGCACCAGUCCCCUAGGCUGGACCAGCUCCUACUCCUCGGGUUCUGCUUGGAGCACUGACGCCUCAGGAAGAACAAGCAGCUGGCUCGUUCUGCGCAACCUCACACCCCAGAUUGACGGUUCUACACUGCGGACGCUGUGUUUGCAGCAUGGGCCUCUCAUCACAUUCCACCUGAAUCUGACCCAAGGCAAUGCUGUGGUCCGUUACAGCUCCAAGGAAGAAGCCGCCAAGGCCCAGAAGUCUCUGCACAUGUGUGUACUGGGGAACACCACCAUCUUGGCUGAGUUCGCUGGUGAAGAAGAAGUGAAUCGGUUCCUGGCCCAAGGCCAAGCCUUGCCACCCACCUCCAGCUGGCAACCCAGCAGUGGGGGCAGCCAGCCCAGGCUGGGCUCCUCGGGCAGCACCCAUGGCCUGGUGCGCAGCGACACUGCCCACUGGAGCACCCCGUGUCUGAGUGGCAAAGGCAGCAGUGAGCUGCUGUGGGGUGGGGUGCCCCAGUACUCCAGCAGUCUGUGGGGCCCGCCCAGUGCUGAUGAUGCCAGGGUGAUUGGCAGCCCCACACCUCUCAACACUCUGCUGCCUGGGGACCUGCUCAGUGGCGAGUCCAUGUAGGGGUCACCGUCAUUGGGGUGGAGAGAGCUGAGCAUGCCAGGCCCGACUCUGAGGCCCCCUCGGAUGGACAGGCUGCCCCUUGGAGUACCUCUGUCCAGUUCUGAAGAUGACCCUUGGCCUCAGCCCUUGUGAACUGUUGAAGACAGUGCGGGCUGCGUUUGGUCAGUGUCACGUGCUAACGCCAGGAUGUUCCUCAUAGCUUUUUAUUUUAUGUCGUCUUAUGUUUGUACGGUGUGGUGUCAUUUUGAGUUUUAAGUAUAAAAGCUGCUUAGAAUAGUUUAUCAUGAAGGGCACUUUUCAGACUGUGGGCUGGAAAGGGUUAUUUUAUGGUGGGGUGGGGGGGAGACUUGAAGCCUAUUUAAAGUGAGCCUGUGACGAUUAUGCACAUUACCAGAGGCGGUGGGCGGGGCGGGGGGGGGCGCAGGUGAGGCGUGGCCACUGCUCCGCCCCUCCUGGAUCCGCCUAUGCACAUUACCUUGUUUCAUUACUUUGUCAUGUCAUUUUUUUUAUCCCAAAAAAUUAUUUUUUAAAAGUUAAAAAAAAAA